GCGGCUAUGGAGGGACAUUGGGAUGCAGCUAGAAGGGUCCUUUUCUACAGUUUACUGCCAAAACAUAUUUAGCUGUUAAUUCGGCAAUCUGACUAAAGUAUGACUUCACUUGAUAUGCUGAAAUAAAAACUCGGUAAUUCACGAAACCGUGCCUGGUCCUGCGUUUUCAGACGCUAAAACGUUAGGUCUAUCCGUGCGUUUCUGUGUGAGUAUGAGUGUUGUGUGAUGACGCGAUGAUCCGCAAGCCAUAGAGGGAUCGAUGGAGACUGGUAUAGAUGGAGACAUACCGAUAGAGGGAGGGAAGAAAGACAUCGUGGCACUAGAACUGUAAUGUAUGGGAAUAUCAAGUAGAGAGAGAAAGAGAUAAAUAUAGCAUCAACAACGAGAGAGAUAGUGAGAGAGAGAACACGGACUGUGAAUUCGCGGACGACAAUGAGAUUUCUACAUGAAUAGUAUAAAAUGCUUUAAAACUCAGCGUUUUGCCUUACAAACGUGUUGUCAGACGACAGCCACUAAAACAGGACUACACAUCAAGUUCGGGCAGUAGGGGGCAGCAUGCCUGAGCAGAGUAAUGACUACAGGGUGGUGGUGUUUGGAGCGGGGGGAGUGGGGAAGAGCUCCCUGGUCCUACGCUUUGUUAAAGGCACCUUCAGGGACACCUAUAUUCCCACUGUGGAGGACACCUAUCGACAGGUGAUCAGCUGUGAUAAGAGUGUGUGUACGCUCCAGAUAACUGAUACAACAGGCAGUCACCAGUUCCCUGCCAUGCAGAGGCUGUCCAUAUCUAAAGGACAUGCCUUCAUACUGGUCUACUCUGUAACCAGCAAACAGUCACUGGAGGAACUCAAGCCUAUCUACCAACAGGUGAUAGCCAUAAAGGGGAACAUAGAGGCCAUCCCCAUCAUGUUGGUGGGCAACAAGAGUGAUGAGACCCAGAGAGAGGUGGAGACUAAAGAUGGAGAGGCACAGGCGACCACGUGGAAGUGUGCGUUCAUGGAGACGUCAGCUAAGACCAACCACAACGUGACCGAGCUGUUCCAGGAGCUGCUCAACCUGGACAAGAAGAGAAACAUGAGUCUCAACAUCGACGGGAAACGGUCCGGAAAACAGUCCAGAGCUGAGAGACUGAAGGGGAAAUGUAGUGUCAUGUAGAGAGGAG